GGGAGCAAACAGAAGAGGAAAAAGGGCUUGCCAGCGAAGAAGGAAGAGUAGAGGGAGGUCACGCGGGAGGCUUUCAGGUGUGGUUCUGAUUGAAUGGGGUCACUUGAACGAAAGGCUCUGUUCUCUUUUGUUGUUUCUCGUUGAUGCCUAUUUUUGUGUACAUGCAUGGCUAUCCAAUGCUCUGCCCAGAAUUCAUUUUUUUAAUACCCUAAAAUUCCCCCGCUCCCGUGCAUGGAGCUUUAUGUACACGGUCGUCUUCGCCCUCUUAUCCUCCACUUCUUCCAUAGUGUCUAUACAUAUCACCUCUCUUCAAGACCCAGCUUCCAGAUUUUCCUUUCCCCCAUCACCUUUUCUCUCUCCGUAUUAUCACCAUACCCAUACCAUGCCCGUUUUCCAUUAACACCUACCCCGGCCAUGGGUUCUACUACCAUGCUUCUCGCCCUAUUCUUCCUCUCCUUGCUCACCAUUGUGCCCAAAGUUCAAGCAGCCUUCACCCGUGACUCCGCCACCAGAUCCGCCACUCGCAGCGUUCUCAUCAGCUGCGUCUCUCCCAGCAGCAGCAGCCGCGCCUUGAGGUCGCGAGCUGGUUCUCCCCGACGCCGGCAUGUGGUUCGCCAUGCAUUGCUCCGACCAGGUGAGCAGCCGCGCCAGUCGUCGCCGACGGCGGCAACGUCUCUUGGUGCCGCCGGCAGUAAGAGCUCCAUCGGAGGGCGACUUCCAGGCGGGAGGAGGAGAUGUGGAGAAGACGAAGGCUUGGUUUUUGGGCUUGGGCUAAGGCUAGGCCCAGUUUUGAGUUUGGUUUUGGGUUUGGAUUAUGAAGGCUUUGGGCUUGGGUUUGAAUUUGGAGCCCAGGCCCAAGCCUAUGCUGAAGAUGGGGCCUUUGACUUGAGCCCAUUUCUAUUAUUGCCAUAAUUAUUAUUAUUAU